AUGCCAAGUCUAUCCAAGCUUCCGUCUUCGCUUAAACUGAACGAAGACGUGGCAAACAACGACAUCCCGACAACAAAGAUCGAUCCGGAUGACCCUGCUAUUUUGGACAAGGUCUUGGAGACUUUGACUGGGGACAUCGUCAUACUGGGCGGCUACCGGGGCUCAAUUUUGCGGUCGGCCGAACCUCCACAUCACCAGUUGUGGGCUCCUGUCAAGAUUGGACUGAACAUGAGGAAGGUCGACUUGGAAGUUGGGCUGGAUCCUGAGGACGAGGAGAACAUGGAAGAACGUAUCAUUCCAUCGGGAAUGCUUCAGAACAUUGGUCCAAUCGACAUCUCGAGGAAAUUGUUCAGGAAGAUCGCGGCGUGCGAGAAUGUCCGCAAAGGAAAGUUGCGACUUUGGGACUACGGUUACGACUGGAGACUGAGCCCACACUUGCUAUCACGCAAGAUGACCGAAUUUCUGGAGAAACUCCCGUCGAAUCAGCCGGAUUCCGAGGAGCCCAGAGGCGCGCUUGUCCUGGCGCAUAGUCUCGGUGGUCUCAUCACACGCCAUGCUGUCAACCAACGACCGGACCUCUUCUCAGGUGUCGUUUACGUUGGCACACCUCAGGCUUGUAUCAACGUCCUGGGUCCUCUCAGAAAUGGAGAUGCUGUGCUGCUGAACGAGAAGAUCUUGACCGCCCAGGUCAACUUUUCAUUGCGAACGACGUUCGUUUUCUUGCCCGACGACGGCGCAUGUUUCGUCAACAAGGACACGAAGGAGGAAUACCGGGUCGACUUUCACGACGUCAAUAAGUGGAUCAAGCAUCGCCUUUCUCCAUGCAUCGAAGCAACGCUACCGCCACUCAACCAGAAGGAGAAGUCGAACUCAUUUAGCUCCCUUCUGCCUCUGCGCAACCGCGCCUCUAGCGAUAAGAGGAACAAUCAUAUCCUUCCGCACUCCCUGGCUGACGCCGCUCGCCGGGCCGAACUCGCAAUGGAGGGCAAUCUUAACCCCCAAAUAGACGGUAACACCCAUCAUCAGGCAUCUAUCAACAGCACACCGUCGCCAUUCACUAGAGGGAUACCGGGAACACCUACGCCGCCCAACCGCGCAAAGAGCCUCGCGUACCUUGAACGAACACUCUCCGAGGUCAAGCGUUUUCGCGCAGAGACACAACACAACCCCAGCCAUACGGAAGCCAAUCUCUAUCCUCCGCUCGGCGUCAUCUACAGCAAAGAGAUUCCUACCGUUCACGCUGUCAACGUGAGCAGCCGAGAAGCCAUCGCUCACGCCGACGCCUACGACGACCUCAUUUUCCGCGGGGGCGACGGCGUGGUCCUCGCACGAGAGGCGCAGCUGCCAGAAGGGUAUGAGCUGGUGAGGGGCGGCCGAGUGCACACGGGGCGCGGGCACUUGACCAUGCUCGGCGACAUGCCGGCCGUGGGCAAGGCGCUCGAGGCCGUCGUGCGGGGCCGAAGAAAGGGUAUUGGACUGGGUCCCAGUGUUCAGAAGAAGGUGGAUAGGAGCAGCGCCGCCAGGGCGUAG